UAUAUUCAUCAUGAAUUUCAAGGACAUUUAAACAUGUAAUAUAUUGACAUGUAUGUGUGAGCUUAGCAUUUUAAAUCUUGAAGCAGGAUGUGGCUUUGCUUUGUUGAAAUACAUAGAAUGAGAAGCCAGGAAGGAGCUGACCUCACUCAGCUCGUGUGUGCAUGCAGAUAGCUGAUUAGCCACAGAUGGAGUGCAGCACAGCAGCCAACAGCUCCACAGUCAGACGUUCAACUACACCAUGUUAAAGCGGCUGCCAAGAAUGACUUUUUAAAUGGCAGUGAAAGCUAAGUGCACAGCCCAUGUGUAAAUACAGAAAUUCAGUGUCAGAGGCAAAGACAUCAAACCUAGAGAGGAUUAAGUUGUUAAACAUUAACGACAACUGAAGUUAAAAAAAGCAGCUGCAGCUGGCCGGAAUAGUGAAGAUUCUACGUGUAUAUGUUGUACGAUACCUCUUUCCUGACUUGUGCAAGGCACCUUCUGCCUGUAUUGGGAAAUCACUGUACAGUGGUGCAGUGUUUUAAACUUUAAGAUCUGUUAAAGAGCAUACUAAAUCCUCUUGGAUAUUCUGAUGAUUUUUUAUCACAAAAUUGAUGGAACGUGGAAUACAAGUAUGAGCAGUGGAUAUUGCAGCUUAGAUGAAGAUUUAGAAGAUUGUUUCUUUACUGCCAAAACCUCUUUCUUCAGGAAGCCUCAGAAGAAGCUUGUAGAAAAGAAUGUGGCAACUAAAGAGGAAGAGAAACCACUGGUCCUUACGGAAAAGGAGAUUAAACAAAAAAUAGCAGAAUAUAAUGGAAACGUCAAAAACUGUUUGGGAAUGCGCUUAAAUUCAGACGGUAGUUACACGGGCUUCAUCAAGGUGCACCUCAAACUGCGCCGCCCUGUCACUGUCCCAGCAGGCAUCAGACCACAGUCAAUCUACGACGUGCUGAAGGAAGUGAAUCCAGCGGAAAUAACAGACAAACGCACAUCAUUCUACCUGCCGCUGGAUGCUAUCAAACAGCUUCACAUCAGCGGUAGCACCACGGCGAACCAAGUGAUCAUAGGCUUGCUCAAGAAGUUCAUGGUCAUCGAUAAUCCACAAAAAUAUGCUCUCUUCUACCAGACAAAAAAAGGGAAUGAUGUCCACCUGCAGAAACUGAAAGGAAAUGAGCAGCCGCUUCUAAUCCGUCUGCUGGCUGGUCCAGACACCGAAGCCUCAAGUUUUGCAUUGAAGGAGAACGAAACGGGGGAAGUUGAGUGGGAUGCCUUUAGUGUGCCCGAAUUGCAAAAUUUCCUCAUCAUACUGGAGAAAGAGGAAAAGGAACGGAUCCACCAGGCACAGCAGAAGUUCGUUGCGUUUCGUCAGAAGCUGGAGCAAGCCUUGAAGGCAGCGGGGAAACCGGGCUAACCGGGUCACAGAGACACCAGACUCUGAGUAUGAAUCUAUCUUUAAGUAUUGCUUGAGUCAUUUGAGCAGAUUAUGUCAAGGGGCAAGUGCAAGAAGGCAUCAACAUAGCCACAGCUAUGAACAACGUUACAGCCUGCUGGAGCUCCCACUUUGGACUGACCAAAGGAACCGUCGCUUUUUCUUAACAUUGUUUGAUAUAAAAACCCCUGAAGGCAAAACAUAUUAUGGGCCAUCUUUAAAGUCUAUUCAAAGAAUACUGUGAAUCUAAAACCCAUCUACGCUUGUGUAUUUCUUUGCUUUUUCAUGUCAAGAUUGGAAAUCGCCUGUACAUUUGGGUAUGGCAAAAAUCACCAUGCCAUUCCGAGACCACAGGGCACUGAAUGCACCAAGGUUGUGUUGACUGUUCUGCUGUGCACCAAACCAUUAUCUCCAGCAUCUUUAUGACUGCUCACAAAAUAUUGGUAGCUUUUUCUGCAUGUUAUACCUAACUAAUUGUUGUUCAUUUCAAAGAAAAAAACCAAGUGAUGCAUGCCUGAGAGCUCUGUGUAAUUGGAUAGAAUCCCAUUGUAUCCACAGUUGUCCCAAUGUAUACAACUUUCUGGAUUGGAUCACUUAAGGAGAGUUGUGUUGUGUCAUGGACAAUGAAGAUCUCUAGUUACAGGCAAGUGACCAAACGCCUCGUUACAUAAAACAUUCAACAUGCACCCUGUUUGUCAUUAAUAAUACAUCUCUAACUAUACAAAAAAAAACAAUAAUAUUGGUAGAAAUGUCCCUAAACUUUAUGAAUAAAUCAUCUUUUCGUUACAGUUGCUGCUUCCAAAUAUUGGGAAAUAGUUUUGCAUUUUUUAUUCUAGUGACCUGCUGAAAUCUGCUUUUGGUCGUGUGCCAUUCCACUUCCUCUAGCAUUGAUUCUGUAUUGUAUUAGUUCUGAUAUAUUAGUCUAAUUUAAAAUUAAAUCUUUAUUGAGAGACCAUUCUUUAGUUAAUCCUGUGAUUUAGCUGCUCCAAUUACGUUUAGAACCUAGAAAGAGCUCCAGCGUGUCGACCUUAAGGAUUUUUCCGCACUCAAGCAUCUUGUGUUAGGGUGUGGUCGAACUUUUAUCAUCUUUCUCAAAGGCCAAAUGGAUAACUUGUGUGGGAAGUGCAAUUAUCACAUUAGACCAGGGGUUCCCAACCUUAUUCGGCCCGUUUACCCCCGGCAACUUUAAUAGCACAUAACAAUGUUAUUUCACUUAUUUAUGAACAACUAAUGAUGAACAGAUACCCGUAUACCAGAACCAAACACAGUCAGCCAAUGAGAACAAAUAUGUACAAAUUCACAACCUGGAGGUACAUUUAACCCAGGUUGGGAACCCUUGCAUUAGACUCUUUAAGCAGCAGAAUAGAGGAAGUUUUAUCUAUAACUGCAAAUAAUCUCUGAGUGUUUUAACAGUACUGGCUAAUUUCAAUAAAAUAAUCAGAUUUCAAUAGAGGCCGAGUGUAAAUAAUGUCUUAUUCUCAGUAAUGGUCCUCAAGACUCCUCAUAAAAGCCAGAGGCAAACGGAUUCUGGGACAAAUAUGUAAUAUUUAGGAGAGGUGACCAGACCUGAAACCCGGGCAAGUUGCUGAACAAGGGAGAGGCAGGACUUGGGGAGAGAAGGUUGUAGAUGAGCCAGCAGUAAUGGGCCGUCGAGGUCUGAGGGAAGAAGUCAUCAAAUCCAGCAGGGUGAAGCUUGUGAUUUAAACACAGCGGAAGAGUGUGACAUCUGAACGUGCGCUGAUUCACUCACUAUUAAUGCCAACCUUGACACCUACACCAUUCAUGACUCUGCCUACAGUUCAAUCCGCUUGUGCAGGACGGAACUGCAGGUGCUGGUUUACACCAAAGACAGACACCGAGUGCUGGAGUAACUCAGCGGGACAAGCAGCAUCUCUGGAGAAGAGGUAUAGGUGACGUUUCGGGUUGAGGCCCUUCUUCAAACUGAGAGUGUUCAGAUUGUCUUUGUUAGGCUUUUUUUUGCAUUGGUACUUGAUAAACAUUAUCACUGUCAGGCAACCUGAGUAUUUUGUUUAAUGUCUUGCCCAGGUGUAUUUAACAAGAAUAUUCACGUUAUUUUUGCUGUUCAUUAUGAAACUGUUUUAUAUUUAUGCCUAAGAAAGAACUGCAAAUGCUGGAAAAAUCGAAGGGAGACAAAAAUGCUGGAGUAACUCAGCGGGUCAGGCAGCAUCUGUGGAGAACAUGGAUAGGUGACGUUUCGGGUCGCGACACUCCCAUCAGUGAACAAGUCCGGAACUGAAAUGUUGUCUGUCCAUUCCUUUCCCCGAUGCAGCCCGACCCACUGAGUUUCCCAGCACCUUAGAUUUUAUCUCGCAUGUAUAGAUUCUUCCCAUACUUUUUUCAGAGUAAAUAGUUAACUAAUCUCUUUUUUAAAUCGGUUUCUUUUUUCUUU